AACAAAGGCUAUUCAUCGAUGCAUUUCGUCACUAUUGAGACAUUGAUCGAGUCAGGUCUCCGUUAGACUCCGCAACCCAUUCGGAUUAGGAGCCAGCGACACUAAGAUCCGUCACCUGUCCCUCGCAUUCGGCGUUUUUAUCACCGUCGCUCAAUGCCACUUCUGAAUUUGACGUGAUCCUGUCCGAAGCCUUCACCACGGCGCUAUCUUAUUGCAGAAGGCAUCAUGGCGAAACCAGAAGUUGGGGAUAUACUGGUGGUUAUCCAUGACUUCCAAGCUAGAAGCUCCGAUGAAUUAAGUUUAGCCAAGGGUGACCGUGUGCAAUUGAUUGAGCGCGAUGACGAAUUUGGUGAUGGGUGGUUCUUGGGCCGCCAUAUGGUAAAUGACAAUAGCGGCUUAUUUCCCGAAGUCUACACACGGCCGUCGCCUAAGGGUGUCGGGUCCUCACCUAUCGCCCCCAAACCGAUCGCGAGUCCCCUAUCGUCUACCAAUGGAGCGGCAUCCGUGGCCAGUCAACCGGCAUCGACCACGUCGACAGAGGAUCGCAACCCAACCCCACAACCCACUUCUUCCGCUCCGCCCGACACCAGCCCCAUAACUCUACCGCUGAACUCUGGGAAAUCUGAGGGAAAGCCAAUUCCCUCUACCGCACCUCUCGCUAGCAAAUUCUCUUACAACGGCGGCAGCGAGCUCUCGAGCCGCCUCAAUGCGCAAAGUCAAGAGAAUCCGGUCCUCCACGAGACACUAACAGUUAUUGACGAACACAUUACGGACCUACAUUCAGCUCCGCCCAACGGUAUGCAUCACCACGCAGCGGACUCCGGCAGUGAAUAUAGCUCGAACCUGCCAGAGCGGAUGUCUUAUAUCCAAGGCGAAGAAACCGAUGAAGAAGAGGAAGAUAUCCACACUCGUGAUGAAGUCGAAGCCUGGGUUGCCGACGACGUAGCAGAGUACUUAUUUACGGUUGGUGUAGAAAAGAAGCACUGUGAAGUGUUCCGGGACCAGGAAAUCUCGGGCGAAGUGCUCCUUGGAAUGGAUCAAUCAUCUCUUUUCUUGAAGGCGUUUGACCUUGGUUCUGUAGGACGAAGGCUGAAGACCUGGCAAAAGAUAAAAUCUCUGCAGGAUGAAGUGAAUGGGCUCGGGCGACGAACAACACAGACUUAUGGAAGCGAAGCAGGUUCGGAGGAAAUGAAGAUUGGUGGAAGGGUAAGAAGUAGGACAAAUACCUUGACAAACUCUCAGAGAUUUACUCCGACGGAUAGUCGACCUGGAUCAGUUCAUGCACGACGCCUAUCGCAGAAGAUGGACCCAUCAAGUCCCUCCACCCUAGGUUCACCAAAAGGUAUUCAAGACAACCCCUCCAGACCUUCCCACCAAAAGAGACCCUCCGCAGCCUCGGUUCGAGAACUCCAUCACUCGAGGCGGCAUUCAUCAACCGACUUUAGGCUUGCUCCGCCAGUCAGUGCAGGAACUCCAAAGCUCAUUAGUGCAGGUACAUUCCCACAAACCGACCCUUCGCAUAAGAAGCAACCGUCAUUUGAUCGCAACUGGACUAUGGGUGCGGCCUCUUCUCCAUACCCACAACGACCAUUAUCUUCAACCGGAUUCCACGACAUUACAAACAUUUCUGAUCCCGACGUACCACAAAAUCCUGCCCUCGACCUUGACCGCGGUUAUUUCUCUGGUACCGAAGUUGACGGCCGAAAACGCAACGUGCUUAAGAAACGCGACAGUGCCACACAUUCUCAUAAAUCGAGCUACACGGAACAGCAACGCGUUAGAAGCGCCACAGCUAUUACGAGACGCUCGAGGUUCGGAAGCAUAGAUUCAACCAGGGAUUCUACACCGCCAAGCGCCGCACAAAUGUAUUAUAGCCUAUCUGGCGACCACCGAAGGACAGCCUCGACGAAUACCACUGAAUCUAUACGGCCGGUGCCUCCCGCAAAGGAUGAUCCUAGUCCGACUGUUACCAAACUUGAUGCGAACACACCGCUACCACCAGCCAACCGGCAGGGAAUUCACGGCGAUUGGAUAUCUACUGCGGGUAGCAAAUUCGGCGGUCUAAGAGCAAUUUCAGAUGCCAUGAUUGGCAACUCAAAACUUGGUUCACCAACAGAUUCUUCUAUUCAAGGUUCUCCCAUGCGAUCUCCAUCUAGGACUGGAUCAAGUACGCCCUCUGGCGGUCCAAGCUUCGAGAUUGAUUCACCAGAUACAGGAAAGAGCCCUUACUCAGCUACCACUUCCGGCAGUCGCAAGAGCGGAAAGAAGACGAAGAAGGAAACGAGCGCUUAUCUGCGAGGACUACAGAAAAUCGGCCCACGCGAGGCAAUUAAAGAUGCCGAUUACAGUGGUUGGAUGAAGAAGAAGAGCUCGCAUCUCAUGACAACGUGGAAGCCACGACUCUUCGUCCUCAAAGGUCGUCGCCUUGCAUAUUAUUACUCAGAGGAUGAUACCGAAGAAAAGGGACUUAUUGAUAUAUCAUUUCAUCGCGUACUGCCGGCUGAUAAUGAACGACUCACUGGUUUACAUGCUACUUUGACGGGUGCUAGUAACACCCCGAUCAUGCCGUCCGAUAGUAACCUCCCCACUCUCGCAGAUAACGUUACUGUUUCCCCUGCCGAGAAAGGUACGGAUGCGAUGUUUAUAUUCAAGCUCAUGCCCCCUCGAGCCGGUCUCUCAAAGGCCGUCAAUUUUACAAAACCGACCAUUCACUACUUUGCGGUCCCGAACCUGCAACAAGGGCGGACAUGGAUGGCUGCUUUAGUCAAGGCUACGAUUGAUCGUGAUGAGGCCCAACCAAUGACGACGACCUACCAGCAGAAGACGAUAUCCCUUGCCAAAGCACGUGCUAUGCGACACCGGCCACCCGCCUUGAUGAACCUCGACGAAAAGGUUGAGGAAGGCGCUAAGGGCGCAGAUGAGGAUGAUGAAAAGAAGAAUGGCCUGGGUAUUUCGUUUGGAGAGGUUGAUAGUGCAGUCUCUGGACUCGAAAAGCUGGGCCUUUCUAAGGUGGAGAGUUCAUCAACUAAGAAAUCAACAUUCGACAACGAAAAGAGCGACGGCAUUGCUAUGUUAACUUCGCCUCAAAGUGCUUAACCGUCUUAUGGCUUCUGGGUUUGACAAUCUACUUGGGAUACCUCUUAUGGGCCAUUGUAUCGCACGAACUAUCAAUUGAUUCAAGUCGGGCACAUUUCCGGUGCAAAUAGAGGUUCGCAGUUCAUCUACAUAUCAGACAGACUUUUGGGAAGGGCUGGCUGGCACGGCCAAGACUCAAGACCAGACCAGACCACAUUACCA